CUUUGUUUUCAUUUGCAGUUUACCCAUUGGUUUAUUUUAUCACGUGACCUUGAACUGGCAUAUACUUUGGCGGCCUUCGUUAGCGUCGGUUUGAGAUUGAUUUCAUCAGGCAGCAAAUAUGGCAGGAGGUAAAGCAGGUAAAGAUUCCGGAAAAGCGAAGGCCAAGGCAGUCUCUCGUUCGGCCAGAGCAGGUCUUCAGUUUCCCGUAGGACGUAUUCAUAGACAUUUGAAAAACAGGACCACAAGUCAUGGACGUGUUGGAGCGACAGCUGCCGUCUACAGUGCUGCUAUUCUUGAGUACUUGACAGCUGAAGUGCUGGAGUUGGCAGGUAACGCCAGUAAGGAUCUGAAGGUAAAGCGUAUCACACCCCGUCACUUGCAGCUUGCCAUCAGAGGAGAUGAAGAGUUGGAUUCUUUAAUCAAAGCAACAAUCGCCGGUGGUGGUAAGUUUAAUUUCUGUGAUAGGUCAUCUUUCAGUUGGAUAUUGGAACUACUUUUGUUGAGCAUUCAUGAAAGUUCAAAAUGAGAAGAGUUUUAUUGGGGGUUGGAGAAUGUCGCAUUUAGAAAAAUUUCUCGUAGAUAUUUUUUGUUGUGUGUAGUGAUGAAACGAUUAUCGAUUCUAUUUUUCAUAAUCGAUUGUCGCCUGUACGCUAAUCAAUAUCUAAUUCGAGAUUUAUCUGACUGUUAAUCCCGCUUUUAUAUUUAGACAUGUGCAGGGGAGAGUAAGGGUGGACUCCACAUUAAAAAGUGGGAAUUCAGUGACACCAGCUAGUGUGUAUGCUGCACAUAUCCAUAAAAACCCAAAAAUAAUAAACGUUUAUUAACUACAUGUAAAUACCAAUUAUAUCGAUCAUUGAUCGAAACAGUUCUUCCGAUUAUCGAUUAUGAAGUUUUUCCGAUUUUUCAACACUAGGGUGAUGUUUCGCUACAAAAAUUGAUUGGUUUUAUGAUAGUUAUUUAUUGCUGAUUAAAUUGAUUGUGACAUUCUAUGAAAUAAGAUUACAGAGCAUAUGAUCUGUAGGAUUGGGUAUUGUCAGCAAGAAUGAUAUAUAUAUAUUAUUACCACAGUAACUUGAUCCGUAGAGUCGGAUCACAUCUCGUUGACAGGCGCGGACCAUCAGAUCACACGAAAAGCGAAGCGUCGAGUUUGAUUUGAUGAUCCGCGCCUGUCAACGAGAUGUGAUCCAACUCUUCGGACCAAGUUACUGUAGUAAUGAUAAAUUUAUUAUAUACCCUCUUAUGCAUUUUAAAUCCACAUUUAUAAGAUAAUAAAUGUAAUCCAAAUUAUCAAAAAUAGACAUACAGUGAAUUUAUAUUUUGUGUACAGUUUUGUUUAUGACGCGGUAAAAAAUUUCCACAAAUAACAUUGCGUUGAUGCAUUGUGACGGCAUCAGUUUCAGAGGAUACUGAUACGGAAUCAGAAAACCACAGUGUGGUGAUCCGGAAAACCGGAUCACACACAGUGAAAUCCACAGUAUCAAAGAACGAUACAUUGAUGGGUAUAUGAUAAUGUUAUAUAUUGCUAUUUGAUUUAAAUAUUGUAACAUUACCUUUUUCAAAUUCCAUAUAAAUAACCAGGUCUUUUUAGCAAUUAUUGAAUAAAACCUUCACUCUUAUUUUUUUUUAACAACUUUGUAUUUGUUGUCCAUAGUUAAACAGGAAGUUCAAGUUUGUAGUCUAAUUGUUAAAAAUGCAAGCAGCUAAUUCCAGAAUAGUGCAAGAAGAAAAAAUCUGUUUUUAUAUGUAUUUAAAAAGAGAAAUGUAUUUAGAAUUAUGUACUCAUUACAGUUUAAGGGCUUUAUUAGUGGUAAGAAAUGAGGAAUUUAUUAUAAACGGCUAUCAGAUAUAAACGAAAAUGUAUAAUUGAUUAAAUAAUUGAAAAGAUUGAGAAAAUCAUUUACAGUAAUAAAAGGCAUAUUUUUCAAACACAAACUGUUUAAGACGUGUCUAGAUUGGCUUUCAUUGCUGGUCCCUCCUUAUUCUUAACAAACCCAAAAUACGUUUGAUUAUGUGUACUUUCAAGGAUAUGGAAAUAUUUUUUCAGACCAGGGCUCAACAUUAACUUUUUUCCCUACUUGUCCAUUCGGACAAGGGACAAAGAUAUUUACUUGCCCUAACUUCAACUUCACAUGUCCGAAAAAAAAUUCGCUUGAUUGAUUUUUGAUCUUAUUCUCUUGAUAAAAACAACAAACACAUAAAACUAAAUUUGAUCUUGAAUUAAUGACUUCAUAAGAUCCAUGGAUGAUUGAAAGUAGUACGCAAUAAGUGAACACCGAUCCCGAUCGAGUGUGACUCGGCUAAUUUACAUAUCGAUUGAUAUCGGGAUCGAAGUUCAUUUUUCAUGCAUUACUUCCGACUCUGAACUCCAGAUAAACUUUUCACCAAAUUAUUUGGAGACUUCUUUACAUAAAAAAGCACUUGUCCAAUCGGACAAGUGCCCAUCAAUACUUGCUUGUCCGAAAUGUUUUUCCACUGGUACCGGACAAACGUUAAUGUUGACCCCUGCAGACAUUAUUUUUCGGAUAGGUAUUGCAUGGUGGAAGAAAAUUUAUGUAAAGCCAUACUAAGUUAUGUUUUUUACGUGUUUUUAUUUUCAAAUAAAUUGAUUAUGAUAAUUGUAAUCGAGAAUCAACGGCGGGAGACUUAUAGCAACCGACUUUCAUUUGUUGGCGUUAAUCGGCUCUUUUUACUUUUUGAAUUUUAACUUGUUUAAAGCUUCCUGAAAAUACUGUUCAUCUAGCAUAUUUGGUUCCCCAUUUAGCAAUCUAUAUUGGUUUCCCGUAUUAAAGAUCGAGGUAGUCAACAGUAUUUUGCAAAUUAAACAACAUACUGAAUUACUGGUACGAGGGCAUGUUUUCAAAUUAUGUCUUUCAUAAUGCGAUAUAUUUAUGUCGGUGGAUAUAUUGCAAUAUACCGAUAACAUUGCUCAACUCUUGUAACCUGUGUUAAAUUUAUAAUAAUGCAUGUUCAAUAAGAGGUAACCCAAGUACAUUUUAAUGGGCAUUAGAAUUACAAACACGAUGCUUCUUGUGGUUGACCUACAAAAAAUACAUGCAACUGAUGAAAACCAUGGGUGUGAAUGAACUUGCAUGGCAUUAGUACAGGUAAUUCACAUAAAGUAUUUUUUGUGUUAAUUGGGUAGAUUUACUAUAUUGAUAUUUGUUUCCUCUAGGUGUCAUUCCACACAUUCACAAAUCUCUCAUUGGAAAGAAGGGCACACAGAAAGCAGCUUGAAAGUGUUCAUGGUGAGAAUAUUCUGGGAGCUGAACAAAAGACUCUACCUGAAUGUUGUGUACAAGUUUAUAUAUAGAGACUAUGACUGUCAUAUAACUUAGAAGACAUUUUUUUUAUCCUCAUCUUUCACCUCAUCAACUCCAUUGCUUUUGGUUUUAAUAGUACAGCGUCAAUGUUUGUGUCAAGUUUUAUUAUUCAUGUCCAUUUAUCAUAAAUAAAUUUUAAAAACCAACUCUCUUUUAUAACUUCGGGAUACCUAGUAUGUUGCCAAUUUGAUUGUAGUGGUAAUCUCAAGAAGUGAAGUUGAAGAAUAAAUGUAGAUUACGAAACUUUG